UUUUUUUGCACUGCUUAAUUUUUUUUAGUGCUGCACUUGCUCUUUAUUUUAUUUACACACUCUACAGGUAAGGUAUCAAACCGCUUCUGUUCUUCUUUUUUUACCUUUUAACAGUGUCGACGCCGUGCUCGUUUCUAAAUUUGGGUUUUGGGCUUCCGCACGCGUUUUCUCUCGUUCUCUUGGCUUCUCCCCUCUCUCUCCUGUUUUCUGCUGUCGCAUUUUUUUCGCGUUGUCCCCUUUGACCAAGGCUGAGUUUGCUUUUUUGUUUGUUUAGCCGCAGACCCCGGUCUGCCCUCCCCCCUUUUUUCUUUACUCGCGCAUACACCCACCACUUUUGCCUUACUUUCCUUUGGAAGACUAUAUUCAUGAGAUGCUAACAAGCUAAGAAACCCACUUUUAUAAAAAAAUUACCACUGUCUACACCAUAGCAAAUUAACAAUGGCUCGUGGAUCCAAGGCAGCCGCCGCUGCUCCCGUCAAGACCAAGGCUGUCUCCGCCGGCAGAGUCACCAAGCCCCGCACCACCAAGGUUGAGACCACCCGGGCAGCCAAGAAGGCCAAACGCAGCAAGAAGGACCCCAACGCUCCCAAGCGCGCCCUGUCCGCCUACAUGUACUUCUCGCAGGCCAAGAGAAAGUCCGUCAAGGAUGAGAACCCCGAUGCCACUUUCGGAAAUAUCGGCAAGCUCCUUGGUGAGAAGUGGAAGGCCAUGUCCGACCGGGAGAAGAUCCCCUUCAUGAAGCAGGCUGAGGAUGACAAGAAGAGGUAUGAGGCUGAGAAGGCUUCAUACGUUCAGGAGAGCCAUGACGAGGAGAGCGAGUAAACUUUUUGCUUUAAUCUUUUUUAAUGUCUUUUGGUUCGGUUUGGUUUGGUUUGGUUUGGUUGCUCCGGUUCAGCAUGGCUAUUUUUUCAAUUCAUUUUUUCUUCUCAAU